AUGAACAAUACAACAACAGUGGCUAGUACAGGAAGUGGUGUCAGUAUAAGUUUAUCAUUAGCACCAUAUGAACUAAAUAUUUAUUUUGGUAUGUUCAUAUGGAUAACAGGUAAUAUUGGUUGUAUUGGAAACGCAAUAGUAUUUAAUUCACGAAUGUUCGCUAAGCAAGCAUAUGCAAGAUAUUUAUUUUGUCAAGCAAUUCAAGAUUUUAUCUAUUUUAAUUUUGUAUUCAUGUCACGAGUAGUUCAAAAAGGUUUUCGAGUACCAUUAACAACAAAAUAUUUAGCAUUUUGUAGAAUUCGCCAAUUUUACACAUUUUGGGGAAAUCAAAUUUCAUUUAAUUCUUUUGUAUUUGCAACUAUAGACCGGAUUUUGGCAACACAACGAUCAACAAAUUUACGAAACUGGAGUAAUCGUGUGACAUUAUCGUAUAAAAUGGUAGCAGGUGCAAUGAUAUUUUGGUUUUUAUUAAUUGGUCAUCGUUUAAUAUGGUAUCAGUUAUCAGAUGGAAAUUGUGGUCCACCAGCUGGUAUUUAUGCAACAUGGGAUGAAUGGUUUGAAAAUGCGACAUCAGCUGUGUUACCACCUAUAUUAAUGUUUUUAUUAGCGUUUCUUUUGAGACGAAGCGUUCAUGAUGUUAUUCAACGAAGGAUUCAACCAACAACAAAUCAAAAUAAAACAGUUCUAGAACAAAUGAGUUCGAAAUUAUCAUUAAUGUUAUUAUUACAAUGUAUAAUUGUUGUCAUAACGUAUGUACCAUAUUCAGUUGAGUUAGCUUAUACAAGUAUUAGACAAUAUUAUUCGAAAACACCGUAUGAGAAAGCUAGAGAUAAAGUAUUUACUGAAUUAACACAUUUAUUAGCAUAUAUAUUUUUUCAAUCAAGUUUUUAUGUUUCGCUUUUAACAAAUCCUGGCUUUCGUCAACAGAUUAAACAUUUGCUUGGAAUGAAAAAAUUGAUUGACUUGUCAACAACUAAACAUUUACCUACAACAAUACAUAUUCAAACAAACGUUUAA